CGCAAGCACCAGAGGAAAGAUCAGCAUCUACUCAGAACUGUGGCCGAUCCCUUGCCAAAACUUGUUCUCUCGGUCUGACUCGAAGACACUAAACCAGGACGCAAAACCGUUGCGACUAUGGCUGUAACGUUAUGGCUCACGGCUUUGGCCGCCGCGUCAGCAGCUGCCUCUCCACAUGUUUCUGCGAAAGUUGAGUCCAAUGUGUUCAACGCAGAAGUUGAUCUGCAGGGCCUCUCUCCUACAGUCAAGGCGCUCUUUUCCCCACGCUCCUCUAGCAUCACUCCCCCCAAGAACUCGACUUCCAGGUGCAAAGUCUACCCUGGAGACCCUGAGUGGCCCUCAGACGAAGCCUGGUCUCAGCUAAGCAAACUCACUGGCGACCGCGUCAUCACUGCGCCUACUCCUCGAGCUGCAGUGUGCUACCCAGGCGAGGACUACAACGCCGCAGAAUGCUCCAAGUACACUGUUACAGAAUGGCAGAAAUCAUACCUCCACAUGGUUGAUCCAAUCGAAAUGAUGUCCCCAGUAGCACAAGGCAUGACAUGUACCAUACCAGCCCUCUUCGACUCCCAUGGCUGCACUCGGGGUGGCUUCCCUAUGUACGUUGUCAACGCCACUGAGCCCAAGCACGUCCAGCUUGCCGUCAACUUUGCAAGGAACACCGGCGUUCGACUCGUCAUCAAGAACACCGGCCAUGACUUUCUCGGAAAGAGUGGUGGCAAAGAUGCCCUCAGCAUCUGGACGCACAACAUGAAGGACAUUGAGUACAUUGAGGAGUAUGUUGAUUCAAAGCUCAACUACUCGGGCCCUGCAUUCAAGAGCGGUGCUGGUGUCCAAGCGUUUGAGCUUUAUAAGGCUGCUUCUGAAAAGGGCAGAGUUAUUGUUGGCGGAGAAGGCGAGACAGUCGGUGUCAUGGGAGGCUACAUCCAGGGAGGAGGUCAUUCACCCCUAACACCCCUUUACGGCACUGCUGCCGACAGCGUCCUCUCGAUGGAAGUCGUCACUGCGAAUGGCGAAUUCGUCGUCGCAAACUCGACCUCCCAUACUGACCUCUUCUGGGCCCUCCGCGGUGGCGGCGGCAGCACCUUCGGCGUCGUCACCUCCGUAACCGUAAAAGCGCACCCCGACCUCCAAGUCACCGCCUCCCGCUUCGGCUUCAAAUCCAGCGACACAGGCGUCGAGACUUUCUGGGCCGCCAUCCGCGCUUACGUCGACUCCUUCAUCGCAAACGCCGACGCAAGCACCUAUACUUACUGGGUUCUAAUCCCCACCAACGGCUCCUUCUCCUUCUCCUUCUCCCCCUUUUUCGCUCCCGGAAAAUCCCUCGAGGAAGCAACCGCCCUGCUCCAACCCUGGUUCACAGAGCUCGACAACCUAGGCAUCAAGUACGACCCAAACAUCACCCACUUCGACAACUUCUACACCGCCUGGCGCUCCUCCUUCCCGCUAGAGGCAGUCCAAAAGCCCAACGUAGCAACCGCCUCGCGCCUCUUUCCCCGCGCGAACUUUGAGACCGUAGAGAAGCGCCAGGAGUUUUACGAGAAUAUUCGUCGCUCCGCGGAAAACAACCGUGUUCAGGUACACUUCAACAUGCAGGCUAAGGAUCCGUACAACACUGAUAACGCGGUGAAUUCGCACUGGCGGCCCCUCACCUCCUUUAGCAUGCAAUCGGUGCGCUGGCCCGUGAACAGCACCGCCGAGCAAAUCCUCAAGAUCCGAAAGGACUUUCAGCAGGGUGAUAUGCAGGCUUGGAGGGAUAUCAGUCCCGGUGCGGGUUCGUAUCUUGCUGAGGCGGAUCGCAUGGAGCCGGACUUUGGGGAGGCGUUUUUUGGAGAGAAGUACCCGAAGUUGUUGGAGCUUAAAGCGAAGUUGGAUCCUGAGGAUGUGUUUUUUGCGACGACCGGGGUGGGAAGUGAGCGGUGGAGAGUAGAGAGUGUUGAUGGGCUGCCAAAUGAGAAUGGAAAGUUGUGUCGGGUUGAGGUGUAAAAAAGGGAGUUGUGGGUGGGUGAUGGGGUGGUGUAUAUGAUUUUUUUUCUUCUUAUAUAUAUUUGGCAUAGUGCCUUCUUUAUUUUCUUGGGUAGAUUGAUCAUUCAUUUGAGGCCUUGUCGCUAAUUGUAGUGUAUUUGUACUGGGGUCGAAAUUGCAUCCGUGGAAUCGAGAAGACGCCAGCACUUUCGACUUGAGAAAUUGAAACAGAUUCUGAAUAUUCACAAACUCUUCUCCCAUUCAUUGCUGUGAUCCUAGAAUACUCUUCCGACAACUUGUUCAUAGAACAUAAUGAGUUCCAUUUACAUGAGAAAUACCCGCCUCGCAAGCUUCAUCACCGGAACCAUCACCUUGUUCACCACACUAGACUGUGGCGGCCCACGCAAAAACCAUGCAUAUACAGAAUUCCAGGCAUCGUUACCAUCACCUUCGAGAACAUCCCUAUGAC